AUGAAAGACUAUCUAGGCAAAGAUCAGAGGAAAACUGUUGAUGAUAACAAUGAAGAUGAUAAACCAAUUCAAGUGCUUGAUGAAGGUGAUAUUGCUUUGUUGAAGACAUAUGGGGUUGGCAUGUAUUACAAGUCAAUAAAGAGUACAGAAGAUGAUAUCCAAGGGAUUUUAAAAAGAGUUAAUGAAUUGACAGGAAUCAAAGAGUCAGACACUGGAUUAGCUCCCCCUGCACACUGGGACCUUGCAGCUGACAAACAAACUUUACAAAGUGAACAGCCGUUGCAAGUGGCACGUUGCACAAAAAUUAUAAAUGCAGAUUCAGAUGAUCCAAAAUAUAUAAUAAAUGUUAAACAGUUUGCAAAGUUUGUUGUUGACUUAAGUGAUCAUGUUGCCCCCACUGACAUCGAGGAAGGCAUGAGAGUUGGUGUCGAUCGCAACAAAUACCAGAUUCAUAUUCCAUUGCCACCAAAGAUUGAUCCAACAGUGACCAUGAUGCAGGCUUACGUAGAAGAAAAGCCUGACGUUACAUACAGCGAUGUUGGUGGAUGUAAAGAACAAAUUGAAAAAUUAAGAGAAGUUGUUGAAGUACCUCUCUUGCAUCCUGAAAGAUUCGUAAACCUCGGCAUAGAACCUCCGAAAGGCGUCCUCCUUUUCGGUCCACCUGGAACUGGUAAAACAUUGUGUGCACGUGCUGUUGCCAAUCGAACAGAUGCUUGUUUUAUUCGUGUCAUAGGUUCAGAAUUAGUUCAAAAAUAUGUCGGAGAGGGUGCAAGAAUGGUAAGAGAGUUGUUCGAAAUGGCUCGUACCAAAAAGGCUUGCAUCGUUUUUUUUGAUGAGAUAGAUGCUAUAGGUGGCGCUAGAUUUGAUGAUGGUGCUGGAGGUGAUAAUGAAGUGCAAAGAACGAUGUUGGAACUUAUAAAUCAACUUGAUGGAUUUGAUCCUCGUGGAAACAUUAAAGUUUUGAUGGCCACUAAUAGGCCAGACACAUUAGAUCCUGCCCUAACAAGACCAGGCAGAUUGGACAGAAAGGUUGAAUUUGGCCUGCCUGAUCUUGAAGGCAGAACUAAUAUAUUCAAAAUACACGCACGAUCAAUGAGCGUGGAGAAAGAUAUUAGAUACGAAUUACUAGCCAGACUGUGUCCUAAUAGCACUGGUGCAGAAAUAAGAAGUGUUUGUACUGAAGCCGGUAUGUUUGCAAUCAGAGCUCGACGUAAAAUGGCUACAGAAAAAGACUUUUUAGAAGCCGUCAACAAAGUUAUUAAAGCUUAUGCAAAGUUUAGCGCUACUCCUAGAUACAUGACGUACAACUAG